AUGGCGCAUUCACCCCAAUCGCGCCCCGCCAUGGUCGAAUUGGGUGGUCAACAUCUGCAUGAGCACCAACCCAUACACGACACUCCCGCUGGCGUCCGCAGAAGCGACCAGCGUUCCGCUUCAUCCGACGAAGCCGCCCCGAAUAACACCGGCCAUGCGGGCGGCCGCGGCAAUGGCCAAGCUACCACCGAUGAAGCAUCCAAUGAGGAUGACGACGAAGACAGUAGUGCUGCUCAAGACGACCUGGAAGAGGACGAAGAAGAUCCAGACACAAUCGCCCCGUCUCAUGGCCGUGGCAAGGGCAAAGGUAAAGGGAUACGCCCCUCAAUCUACAUCGAGCCUGUCGAUGAAGACGAGUCACACGCCGAAGAAGAAUCAGUUCUUGGCGAAACGGGGCUGACUGUCAGCAAACACCCCGUUAGCAGCCUGCUAGCCGGGAACAAGAAGCGUACCUUCAGCAACCUUUCUAACACCUCAGUGUUGUUUGGAGAUGAUGAAUUGGACAACCAUAGCUUCCCCCGACGCAAGGUGGCGCGGAAGCUCAGCAACGGCACCUUCAAGCCUCUGUUGAAAUACAAGGAGAAUGCUAACGAGGACAUGAAUGACAUUGAGAACGCUAUCGAGACGGACGACGAAGAUUACAGCGGUGUCAACCUCGUGCCUGAGGAUGACGAUUCCGAAAUAGAAGAUAUUGAGCAUCAAGAAGAAAGCUUCAUCAUUCAAGAAGAGGAGCACGGUACUUCUGCUCUCAUCAAUCAGUUCAAUGAUGCACGGCGACUGAGCCUCGAUAGCCUGGCGAGCGACAACAUCUUCGACUUCACUGCACCACUGGACCAGACCUAUGAUGUGAACCACGCCGACAUGGGCUUUGCCCGAUUUUUUGAACCGGCUCCUAUACCAACGUCGCCUGAAGUGGUAGCCAAGAGGAAAUUUUCAGACAGCUCUACUAAGCGUGUCCGUUUUGACGAUGAAGUCCAGAUGUCGGACAGCUCAAGCUCCUCUUCGGAUGAAUUGGACAGUUCUCUCUAUCCUGACCUGUUCCUUGAUCAGGAUAAGCUACCUGCAAGCUUGUCUCAGCUUUUAGAAUAUGAUCAAGACGAGGAUUACGGUGAUUAUGAUUCUCCUGCAUCCGAGAUGUCUUUCUGGGACUUCGGUCAAGAUGAGUUACAUCAAAGCACUGCAGGAGCCGAAGAGUUUGAGGAGUCUUCCGACCCCGGGUCCAGUGGUUAUGAAACUGACAUGGGUGAUACUACUGAUGAAUACGAGUCCGAUUCGGAUGCCCCUCCUGAAACACCGCUACGCAAGAAAUCAGUCCUGCGUCAGCCUCCUUCAGCACCUGGUUCCAGGUUCAACAGUCCACAAGCUUUCGAGCGAUCGUCCAAACCCAUAGGCCGUGCCAUUCCCCCAACUCGCGGAAUCUUCAUCCACGAGGAUUUCAGCAAAGCCAUCGCAUUCACUAACCGCACCACGAAGAGGCUUACCUUUUAUCGCCCGCGAACUCCCCUGAUAUCCUGGGUUCCCCUCAAUGGUGCGCAGAGUAGCUCCACCAGCAAUGCCAAUGACAGUCCUCGUACUUCGCUAGCACAACUGAAUGCCUCAGAUAGCGAAGUCAGCAACGAGGUCUUCAGCAACCCUUUCACAACUUCGGACAUCAUGCUCACCGGGAUAUUCGGCUCGGCUCCUUCCAACGACUACUUUUUUGGUACCGACAGCAUAGGACCACCGGAAGCAUUCUACCCUUUUGUCAGCAUUGGAACAAACGGCGCGGUCUUGGACGACGAAGAUGAUCCCGAGGAUGAAGACUACGAAGACGAUCUCAACAUCACGGAUUUCAUGGACUUCGGAUCCGACGUCGAUGCCACGGACGUGGAGCAGGACGAUGAUGAGACGGACAUCCCCGCUACCCCGGCGGUCUCUACGACGGCGAUGCCGGGUUCCACCCCUGCCAUGUCUACACCCAUGGUCGAUACGCCCACCACUCGCAAGCGAACAACUUCUGACGCGAUGCUCCAACAUUUCGACCGUGGAGUAGUUACUGCCUUCCGUAACAAUCAGAACCGCUACCGCGAUAUCGCCCAGUUACCCUCCGAUCCAACUAUUCGAGCUUCUGUCUCCCGUCCUGUCCGAUCUGGGAAGUCGGCCGAGACUCUCAUGACUCCGCUUCGCAAGCGGCCGACGAGAAGGACAGCUAAGUCGCCCUUCCAAGCCAGCUCGCCUAUGGUCAACGCCAGCUCUCCUCUGAGUGGCGUUACCAAGGCCUCAUCUCGGCUCAACAAAUCGCUCAUGAAUCCUCCUCGCGCUCCGAGAAUGGGAGCAUUCACCUAG